AUGGAUCAGGCUUGUUCUAACCAAAAUGGGAAAAUCUGGAUCUUCUGGAAUGCUGAUAUUCAAUGUCAAAUUCUAGAAAAUGAGGACCAACAUAUUACUUGUGAGCUGAAUCAUGUAGAAUGCAAAGAGAAAUAUAUGAUCUCUUUCAUCUAUGCAAAAUGUAAGGAUCAUCUCAGAAGGCCCUUUUGGGACAAACUCAUGCAACUUUCAGAUAAAGACAUUCCUUGGUGCACUAUGGGAGACUUCAAUAUGAUCACUUCUAUUGAAGAAAAACAAGGAGGGGUUCCUUACAACAUGAACAAAAGCUUUGAUUUCCUUAGUGUUAUAGAAGCAUGUGGUUUAAUGGAUUUGGGGUACAGUGGUCAUCACUUUACCUGGUGCAACCAAAGAGCUACUGAAGCCAGGGUUUGGAAGAGAUUGGAUAGGGCUAUGACUAAUAAUAAAUGGCUUGAACACAUGCCUCAGACCACUAUAACUCAUUUACCUGCAGUGGGGUCUGACCACAACCCUUUGCUAAUGGAAAUAGCUGUUAGAAGAAGUACAGGGCAACCCAAUGUGGAAACUUCACCGAAAAUGAAGAGACUUGCUUCUACCCUUAGUAACUUGUCAAGAAGAGAGUUUGGGGAUAUUUUUACAGUUAUUACAGAAUAUGAAGAACAAGUGAGACAGGCUGAAGAAGAGGGUGAUGAAAAUAUUGCCAAGGCUGCCUGUGUUUAUUUCCAAGAGACCUUUACAGGGCACGAGAAUAGAAUUGCAGAGAAUAUUCUUCAGUGUCCAGAUGGUUUUAGAGGGAUGUUUUACCAAGCCUGCUGGGACAUUAUCCAAGAUGAGCUACUUGAAGCAGUUCUUGCCUAUUUCAGUGGUCACAUAAUGCCUAAGUUCAUGUCUCACUCUUGUUUACUGUUAUUGCCUAAGGUGGAGCAUCCCAAUAGGCUCAAUGAAUUCAGACCUAUUAGUCUCAGCAAUUUCACCAAUAAAACUAUUUCCAAAAUUCUUUGUCUCAGAUUGGCUCCCAUUCUACCUCAUCUCAUCUCGGAGAAUCAAUCAGGUUUUGUUAGAGGAAGGAGCAUCUCUGAAAACAUUAUGCUGGCCCAAGAGAUUACUCAUAACAUUAAAAAACCUAAGGAAGGUGAUAAUGUGGUAAUCAAGCUCAACAUGGCCAAGGCCUAUGAUAGAGUGUCUUGGUCCUUCACUUGUUUAGUGUUGAGGGCUAUGGGCUUUGGUGAGGUCUUUAUUGACUUGGUUUGGAGAACUAUGAGCAACAACUGGUACUCAGUCAUUGUCAAUGGUACUAGACAUUGCUUCUUCCACUCCACAUGA